AAAAAAAGGAUAGCAUAGAUGGCAAUGAUGACAGAAGAAAGCAAACUUGUGGCGGAAACCGAGCAGCCUGAAAACGACAACAUUUCACACCUCCCCGCACUUAUUCGCCUGGAAGUACGAAGAUAUGAAGGGGAAACGUGUGAAGGCCAGUAUCAUGGAGAAGGUUUUGCGCUUUUUAAAGGUGACCAUAUUUACAAGGGAAUGUUUUCCAAAGGACUUAUGAAAGGAUUUGGUGUCUUCACUGAGGCGUCUGGGCUGAAGUAUGAGGGGGAGUUUGUGUGCAACAUGCCAAUGGGCCAGGGGACAUUCACCUGGCCAGAUGGCAGCACAUAUACAGGAGAAAUCCACAGAGGUACACGACAUGGGAUGGGAACCUACAAAUGUGCCAAAAGUGGGGUGUGUUACAUAGGACAGUGGUAUCAAGGCAAGAGACAUGGAAAGGGUAUAGUCUAUUACAGUGGGGAUCAGACUUCUUGGUAUAAAGGGGACUGGGUGAUGAACAACAGAGAAGGUUGGGGAGAGAGAUGCUACCCUUCUGGUAACUUUUACUCUGGUGAGUGGAAGAAUAACCUGAGACAUGGAGAAGGCACCAUGACCUGGCAGGAACUGAGACAGCAGUAUCUUGGUGAAUGGGAAGAAGGAGUCCAGCAUGGUCGAGGCACACACGUCUGGAUCUUAAGGCGAACAUAUGAAUCACAUUUUUCCCAGAGCAACCGUUACAAGGGGGAUUUCUUCCAGGGUCAAAGGCAUGGAGAAGGAAUCUUUUAUUAUGCCGGUGGUGCAAUCUAUGAAGGAUGGUGGAAGAAAAAUGAAAAGCAUGGGCAGGGCAAAUUUACUUUCAAGGAUGGUCGUGUCUUUCAAGGAGAGUUCUUGGAUGAUCGGAUGAUGACACCUGACAUUAAAACAUUAUAUACAUUUUUUCGGUCAGACAGUGGCUCAUCUAUACUAGGACCGGACAAGGCUCUCAACAUCGAAUGUGUUCUGGAGAAAGUCCCAGAGAGCAAGCGUGACACAGAGAGCAAACAGGUGCAGUUUGUGGUUCUGCAGCACGAAGUACAGCUGAGGUACAUUUAUGAUUUCUACAGCAGACUCGGAUCUUCCCAGUCCCCAGACAACACUUUCCUGCUGUACCGCCUGCCAUUCUGGCGCCUGUUAAAAGACAGUAACAUCCACCAUCACGGUGUUACUCUGACACAGAUAGAUCAUUUUAUCAGAGGUAAAAUCCUCACUACUAAUUAUUCAACUCUAAUACGCAAGAUUCACUUUCCUUUCACCCCCAUACUGUUCCGCACACUCCUCAGCUAUCUGGUGAUUGUGGCCUACUUCAUCUACAGUAAAGACGUGGAGUCGCAGGAGAACGUUCUGGCCACCUGUCUAUCUAAGCUGUUGAUAGAAGACAUCCUUCCAAAUGCUCAAAAUGUGAAAGGCUUCCUAUUUAGGCAGCCAGACUUUGCCGUUGUGGCCAUGAAGUACAUGAAGAAGUGCUGGGGAAUCUAUCAGGUUUUCUGCAGGCUCAGGACCACUCACAAAGAUGACGUGACCAUGACCUGCCGACACCUGUUGUGGAUGUUCAAGGAUCUCUGUCUGCUGGACCAAAAGAUGACCACAGCAAGAUUAUUGGAGAUCAUCGCAGCUGAGACCAGUGAGCCCGAAAACCUGACUGCUUGUCUGGAUCUGGAGAUCACAUUCCUGGAGUUUUUUGAGGUACUGUUGGGCUGUGCUGAAGUGAAAUGUCCCCAGGAUUCUGAUGUGGAGGGGGACCGGUCCUUGCACAAGUGUGACAGCAAGGGUGAGAGUGAUCUGUGUGAGGUGGAGGCCAGAGAGAGAGAGAUCCAAACCAACAGCCAUGACCAAUCAGUCAGUCCCUCUUUCCAGAUGGGACAUUCUACUGACCAGGACCUGGUCAGAGUUGAAGACCAUGAGACACCUCAAUCUACAGAGGAAACAGAAGAACCAGGACAUCAAGUAAAGGAUACAAAAACCAGCAGAAUGGAAAUCAAAGACCGAGAAGUGACGCUUAGGACUCAGGAAAUGCAUCAGUUCUUUAACAACCAUUUCUUCCCAGCAUUUGAGCACCACCAGCUAACAGUUGAGGAGAAACUACUCCAGGACCAACGAUGCAAAAAGACACAAUAA